GCCUGGCGGAGUUAGAUGAAGGCGGAUAAAAGCUGGAGAGAGAGACACUGCGGGAGAGAGAGAGAGAGCGAGAGGGUAAUAGUUUGCCGCCAUAAUUGUUAGUUACCAUUGGGGGCUUUGCUACCGAAAGGGAUACUUUGAGUGAGAGUGAAGUAUAAACCGGGGAAGAACUUGAGGAAGUUGCACAUCUGCCGAGGAACAGUAAUUCGACAGGAAAUUUUAGCAUAAUUAAACUUCAACUCUAACACGUCAACACCACCAGUUUCUAAAGGGGUUUCGAGAAGAGACCUGUAGAUACUUUUUAAGAAAGUUAAAACCUGGUCAGAAUUGAUAUUUGAGGCAGUGGGAGUCUAACGUGGAACUUCUGGCACGGAGAUUUCCAACAUCUGCACUAUGAACAUAUUUUUGGAUUUUGUAUCUGUUUACUUGAGUUGUUUCCUUGCUUCCAAAUGUCAGGCUGGAACUUUGUUUUUCUUUUGAAUGUUGCCAAGCUGCACUUUUUAUUAAAACUCCUGGAAGAAUGUACUCCAACCCUGAAGGUUAUCCUGCAAGAAUAAAAGCAAUGUGAGAAAAUACAGCUAAACCUUCUGUCGUCACCUGGUGGCAUUUCCCAAUCUGAACACAUUGGGACAAGCAAAUUUGGAAGACCGCAUUGAGGAGGGGUGGGGGGGGAGAUUGGGUUGUUUACGUAUUAUCCUGGACGUUCAAGUAUGGGCCAGCGAGUUACUGUUGGACUUAAGACUGUGGAUGUGAGAGACCCCUCUUACAGGUCUCUACGUCAUGCGCAGCAAGGGCUUGACUAUUGCAAACCUGCUCGUCUGGACAUGCUCCUGGACAUGCCAUCUGCUUCCUGUGAGGUCCAGCUAUUGCACUCUUGGAACAACGACGAUCGAUCACUAAAUGUGUUUGUGAAAGAAGAUGACAAAUUAAUAUUUCAUCGCCAUCCAGUAGCUCAGAGUACUGAUGCCAUUAGGGGCAAAGUGGGAUAUACCAGAGGACUACAUGUCUGGGAAAUUACUUGGGCAAUGAGACAACGGGGAACACAUGCAGUGGUUGGUGUCGCAACAAUAGAUGCUCCUUUGCACUCUGUAGGUUACACAGCACUUGUUGGUAGUAACUGUGAAUCCUGGGGCUGGGACCUCGGGCGAAACAAACUUUAUUUUGACGGCAAGAAUCAACCAAGCCAGACUUAUCCAGCUUUCUUGGAGCCCCAUGAAACCUUUAUAGUACCAGAUGUAUUCCUGGUGGUUUUGGACAUGGACGAAGGAACGCUAAGCUAUAUUGUGGAUGGACAUUAUCUGGGCAUUGCAUGUAGAGGACUUAAAGGGAAAAAACUUUAUCCAGUUGUAAGUGCUGUUUGGGGUCACUGUGAGAUCCGAAUGCGCUACAUUAAUGGACUGGACCCUGAACCACUGCCAUUGAUGGAUCUCUGUCGGCGUUCAGUACGGGUUGCUUUAGGCAAGGAUCGCUUACAUGAAAUCCACUCGCUACCACUACCAGCCUCCCUGAAGAAUUACCUUCUGUACCAGUGAUGGACGAAACAAUGGACUUGAACCCUAACAGACACUGUACACGGGCAGUUAUUUCAGCUUAACCUUCAUCCACUGUGUGGUGGGCAUUAUUUUCAAACUCUGAUCAUUUUUCCCCAAAGCUCAGCAGCUCCACAAACAUUCGAUUUAUUUUUUACAGUAUGGAGUUCUUACAUAUUGGGGAUGUGAAUAUUUUAAGUGUACAUCAAUACAGAUAUUUCCAUUAAUCCUUUCUGCAAUCAAAAUACAUAUCUAACUCCUCUGAUUUGGGAACUUGCUUGUUUGAUUUCAAAGGCAAUUUUCUUUUUUUUUAGAAAUUCCAUUUUUUUUUCCCUCCUGUUCCCUAUUUUUAUUUUUGCAACAUCUUGCUACUUCCAUUUGCAAAUAGUGCUGAGCAUGCAAUAUAAUCUUUAAUAGCUGCUAUGAUGGCCUUAGGUGGGAAACAAGAUCAGGAAUGGAGGAAAGCAGGGAUUGAUAAAAUUUGCAUCGUGAUUUGAGUACUGGGAAUAUUUUGAAGAUCUAAUGUGAUUUCCAGUUCAGCCCUGGAAAGAUCCAAAGGAGUUUCGUUAUCAACGAUGACUUUCUUGCCUCCAUGGUUUUUUUUCUAGUAGAAAACUAAACCAAACUUGUUUUUAAAAAUAACCUCACCUUCACUUUUGUUGGUCCAGUCUCAUUGAGGUUUUUUAAUUGACUUGUGCUCUCUCUUCGGUGACUAAAAUGCACAACGAUGCCUUCAUUGUGAAUGAAAGGAUGGCUGUCUCUCUCAAGCCAAACACUUUUUUUUUGUUUUUGGUAAAGGAAUACAGACUCUUACUAGCAGGUCUGGUAGAAAACUCCUAUCAUGACUUCAAAAGUAACUGUAUAAGUAACUUAGUUUUGAGGACUUCACCUAGCAUGUCCUAAUGUGAUGCAGCAUCUAUUGGUUUCAAUGUGCAAUAUGUGAAUGGAAUGGUUGUUUUAAAGCUAUCUUGAAAUAAAAUGUAACUUUUCA